AUGGUCAGGAUACUGCCCGCGGAACACGUGGAUGCAGGCGAGUCAGAGGGAGACCAGAGCGAAGAUGUUGAAGAGGAGGAGAUGGAGUACAGCGACGAAGAGGAGGAGAUGGAGUACAGCGACGAAGAGGAGGAGAUGGAGUACAGCGACGAAGAUGAGGACGCCUCGAAGAGCGGGGAAUCGCUGGAGGGGGAGGAAUGGGCUGGCCCCGACGAAGAGAGCCAGGGCCUUGAGUAUGAGAGUGGGCAAUCGGAGGAUCUGGAUGGGUCUGAAGAUGCCGAAGAGGAUGACAACUCUGACGCAUCUUAUUGCGAUUCCGAUCUGGAGCAGGAGCCGGCUGACCAUGAUCUCCUCAAGUGCUCUUGGGGCAACCAGGUGUGGAAUUGGAAGUUCUGCGACAAGCACAUUGACGUCGACCAACGGGAAUCGGACGGUUAUGGGUUCAAGAAGACGAUCGUGAACUGGCCUGAAACUCUGCACCAUGCCGAUCAAAGAUCAGAGAUGGACUGUUUGAAGCUGCUCUUUCCCUGGGAUUUCUUCUUCGGUCAGGAGGAGACAGGGAGCUGUCUGGUCUGGACAAACGCGACUCUACCUGCGAACGCCGAGCCUUUCACGGUGACUGAAGUCUUGCAAUUCAUGGGGUCCUUGUACGCCAGGAGCAUCCAUCCCUACGGCAGAGCCCAAGACAUGUGGAAGAGUUCAGGCCGAAAGUUGAUCCCCUCUCUAGACCUUGAGAACAGGUUCGCAGUCAACCGCAAGCGGUUCGAGCUGUGGCAACAGCACCUGAGGUUCUGUCCUCCUGCUGCCGAGAGCACCGACGAGUAUGAGCAGAUCCGGCCGCUCAUCGAUGCGCUGAAUGAGCUUCGAAAGCGGACGAUCAGCGCUGGGACGGAGCUGUUUGUGGCAAAGAUCCGGGCACCAAGGACGAGAAUGGAGAAGUACUCUCAUGGAAACCUCAGCGUUCCUCCGAUGGACUUCGAGCUCAACAUGCUGGGCGAAUGUUCCAACGGGCUCGGGUUGAAGUUCGAGCUCUCGGCCCAGCCUACGACGUACUCUCACACAGAGUGCGUCCUGCGGCUGGCUGAGGAGCAUCUCGAUCGGGGUCAAAUCAUCUACAGCAACGUCGACUACGCUUCUGUCGCCCGCCCGCGCUCUCCUGGAACGGAACACGUUCUUCAACGGUGCAAUCCGCAAGCGCCAUGGUUUUCCCAUGCGACGGUGGAGCUUCAGGUCGAGGUUGAGGGGAAGGAGAGACGAAUCUACGGGCAUGCAUGGAAGAAUGCGCAGCGGACGGGCGCGGGGGUCUUCAAAUUGAUCUCCACAUUCAAAACGACGAGGGCAGAAAAUUUGAACAGCGAGAAGAGGAGGAGGAAGAUAGACCCGUUGACGGGGAGAUGGCGGGAGGAGAUUCAAGUGAGAGGACCCGAUGGCAUGAUGGAGGCAUACUUCAACGCGGCGAUGAUCAUGCAGUCCCAGACACUUCUGAGUAAGGACAUCCUUUGGAUCCCCAGGACGCGGACGCCGGAGCCACUGCCCUUCAGGGUCCUGUGCAGCGUCCUGGGUCUGAUCGAGGUGGACGCCUACAAGGUUUACAGCUCCUGCCAAUCGUUCCACCGCAAGCUCAAUCACUAUGACUUCACCAGCAAGAUCGCGAUGCGGCUGAUGAGGAAGGACCUUUGA